CUUCAGGCUUUGCACGUUCCUCGAGGAUCAUUUGGUAACGUGAACGAGUUCAUUUCACUCUGUGCUUUGUGAUUGUUGGGACUGAGGAUAAAACCUUUCUGACUUCUGUAUUUGUGUUCUGGUUAUUUUGCUUUAUGAAAGUUACAAUACGUCCCAUUUUCUUCCAUCGUCAUUCAGCUGUUGGUUUGGAUCUAAAGGCUGAACAUCCUCAUCAGCUUGUGUACAAAUUCUCAGCGUCGCAGAUAUCUGUAAUGAUUUUUAAGAGGUAUAACGUCACACACAUGAUUUGGUGCUGAAGAAGAACAUGAGAAAGUGGAGAGAGACAAAAGAGAAAGAUGGAAAAUGAAAUAAAGAAUGAAGCGGUAGAUGAAGAGGUGGUAGGAAAGUAGAAAAGGAAGGUGACAAAGAGAGAGAGAGAGGGCAGUUCACAGGGAGGAGGGGUGACUACAAAAAGCCAGGGCCAGUAAGUUCUUCUUCAGUGCUCCCCUCUGCAGCAGCCCCCGCCAGGCUUUCCGUGUCUUCCACUAUGGCCUCCUACAGCUCCUCAGCCCAAACCGCCUCCUCCUACCGCCGCCACUUUGGCCACGGAACCUACGCCUCGCCCUCCCUCAGCCGCUCGCUGCUGGGCCAUAGCGGCGGUGGUGGAGGCCACCACUCCUCCAGGGUCUAUGAGGUGACCCGGAGCAGCUCGACACCAUCCUACCGGGUCUCCUCCAGCUCCUACGGGAAGCCCCUGAUGACAUCCCGGGCCUCCGUCGGGCGCUCCUACGGCGGCAUGGGCGAGACGCUGGACUUCAACCUGGCCGACGCUGUGAACCAGGAAUUCCUGACCACGCGGACCAACGAGAAGGUCGAGCUGCAGCACCUGAACGACCGCUUCGCCAGCUACAUCGAGAAGGUCCGCUUCCUGGAGCAGCAGAACCAGACGCUGGCGGUGGAGGUGGAGCGGCUCCGAGGCCGCGAGCCGACGCACAUCGCCGACCUGUACGAGGAGGAGAUGAGCGAGCUGAGGAGGCAGGUGGAGAUCCUGACCAAUCAGAGGUCACGUAUAGAAGUGGACCGGGACAACAUGGUCGACGACGUGGACAAGCUCAAGCUCAGACUCCAGGAGGAGAUGCUCCAGAAAGAGGACGCAGAAAACAACCUGGCUGCUUUCAGGGCGGAUGUGGAUGCUGCCACUCUGGCUCGUCUGGACCUGGAGAGACGCAUCGAGACGCUGCAGGAGGAGAUCGUGUUCCUGAAGAAGAUCCACGAAGAGGAGAUCCGCGAGCUGCAGAUGCAGAUGCAGGAGUCUCAGGUGCAAAUCCAGAUGGACAUGUCUAAGCCGGACCUGACGGCGGCGCUGCGGGACAUCAGAUCCCAGUACGAGGGCAUCGCCGCCAAGAACAUCUCCGAGGCCGAGGAUUGGUACAAGUCGAAGGUGUCCGACCUGAACCAGGCGGUGAAUAAAAACAACGAUGCACUGAAGCAGGCCCGCCAGGAGACCAUGGAGUUCAGACACCAGAUCCAGUCCUACACCUGCGAGAUCGACUCGCUCAAAGGCACCAAUGAGUCCCUGAUGAGGCAGAUGAGGGACAUGGAGGACCGCCACGGUCGCGAGGCCGGCGGCUUCCAGGACACCAUCUCCCGGCUGGAGGCGGAGAUCGCCAACAUGAAGGACGAGAUGGCGCGCCACCUCCGGGAGUACCAGGACCUGCUUAACGUCAAGAUGGCGCUGGAUGUGGAGAUCGCCACCUACAGGAAGCUGCUGGAAGGGGAGGAGAGCAGGAUUACCUUGCCUGUGCAGAGCUUCUCCACCCUGAGCUUCAGAGAGACCAGCCCCGAGCACCAGCAGCGCUCCUCUGAGCUGCAUUCAAAGAAAACCGUUCUCAUCAAGACCAUCGAGACCCGCGAUGGAGAGGUUGUCAGCGAGUCGACGCAGCACCAGCACGACAUCAUGUAACGAUCUGCAGAAGAGAAGAAGAAACAACAAGAAACAAGAAAAGAAGCGCAAAUAAAACUUCAAGAAAAAGACUUCACAGACUCAUGACUAAGGCCUGCACUCUCCUGGUUUUAAAGCGACUGCAGUGUGUGAAUGUAAAGCAGAGUGAUGGUGUCAUUAACGUUAUGUAGCUCUGCUUCGUGGUGUUUUUAAGCUGGAUACAACAUGCAGGACUAACAAACUCCUCAGAGACAUUUCUGAGAUGAACCGACACAAACCGGAUUGUUCUUUGAAUUGUCUGCAUCUUGAAUUAAGAAAGAAGAAGCUGGGUCAGACUUGAGAUACGAUUGAGAUCUUUUGAGGUGUUUCUGCAGAAUACAGCAUCUUUGCAUCUGAAGGAGGUAAAAAGAGUAAAAGCUUUUUCAAACGGUCUACAAAAUAAAAUACUCUGGUGCUGCACAAACCUCCUGAUCUGCAAUUUAAGUUAAAUGUCACAGAAACAAUCUGUUUCACAUCAAUCCUCUGCUUCUGCAUCUCAUUUCUUACCACGAAAAGUGUGCAGACGGAUCCGAACCCUCAUCUUUAAUACAGGUUGUUCUUCUUUCUUCUUCUUCUGGUUUCUUCCAAACACAGCAGCUUCUGUCCUGUUCCUCAAGGUCAGAGUCACAGUUCUGUCCAAUGAGAACGUACGAGUGUGUUUAUCAAUGAAGAGCAGAUAAAGAGGAGGAGGUGGAGGAGAUUAAAAGGAGAUGAAGCUGGAGAUACUG